UAGAAUGAUUUGCCAUAGGGAACAACGAAUAAAGUGAUCCGCUUAAAAUUUUGAGCGACGAGCAUUUCUACUUUAUUCCAGCAUUCAAAUGCAUCCUAUGCCAGUGCUGCACUUUGUCUUUAUUCCAGCCUUCAAAUCCAUCCUAUACCAGUCCUAUAAAUGGUGAGGGGCCUGGAAUUGGAGAGUUAACCUGUUCUCUCGAGCACUGUGAGAUCCUCCAUCCUGCGCAGCUGCGGUAGCCUCCAAAAAAUAACAAAGAAGAAAAUGGCAAUGAUCCUUGAUGCCUUUGUGGGAAGAUUCAUGGACAAGCUUUCAGAAUUAAUGGCGGAAGAGAUGUCCAUGCUGCUCGGCGUGGAGGAUGAGCUACUGAAGCUUUUGAGAAGGAUGAAGAGGAUAAGAGGCUUUCUCGAAUCCGCAGAGCGGAAGAGGCAUGCAGAUCGGAAUAUCAAUACAUGGGUGACGGAGUUGAAAGAUAUCAUGUAUGAUGCGGAUGAUAUCAUCGACCUCUGUAUGAUCGAGGGCAGGAGAUUGUUGGAAGAUCAUACGUCUAAAUCAGCGGUACGCCAUCCCUCAUGUUUAUUUUCUUGCUUUAGCUGUAUCAAGUCUCGGCAUGAAAUUGGUAGCAAAAUUAGAAAAGUUAAUGAUAGGCUAAAAGAGAUUGCAGAAGAUAUAUCCAUAUUGUCUAAACUAGAACGCACUGAGCAAGAUGAUCAAGUGAGCAGAGUAAAUCAUCGUCAGACUUUUCCUACUGGGGUCGAGUCUGAUAUUGUAGGGACACAAAUUGAAGAGGCUACCCAGAGUCUCGUGAAGUCGUUAAUUAAAGAAGAUAAUAAAAAAUACCGAAUUUUGGGGAUUGUUGGGAUGGGUGGAAUAGGCAAGACCACUCUUGCUUCUAAUAUCUACAAGGACAAAAGGAUAGAAGACAACUUUCCUAUACGAGUAUGGGCGUGUGUUUCUCAGGAGUUUUCAGACAUAAAAUUGCUGAGAGAGAUAAUUAGGGGUGCUGGUGGAAAUUAUGGGGAGGCUGAAACCAUGGCAGAGCUUGUACGCCUUCUUCACUCUACACUUUCGAAAAGAUUCUUUAUUUUAUUAGAUGAUGUAUGGAGGACAGAUGUAUGGGAGGAUUUGCUUAGGCGUCCUCUUGAAAGUGCAAGAGCUAGUGGUAGGAUAGUGAUCACCACUCGAGAUACAAACGUGGCUAGAAAUAUGAGAGCAGAGAUCCACCAAGUUGAUAAAAUGGAUAAUGACAGUGGCUGGAAAUUGCUUCGCAGGAAGGUCUUUGGUGAUGAUGAUGAGGAGGGGGAGGAGGAGAUCUCUAGAUUAAAAAAAAUUGGGGUUCAAAUUGUUGAAAAAUGUGACGGUCUUCCUCUUGCAAUCAAGGUCAUUGCAGGGGUUUUAAGGUCGAUGGAUAGAACCACCAUAAAAUGGAAUAAGGUUCUCAAAAGUGAUGCCUGGUCCAUGAGCCAACUUCAUGAACAACUCCCAGGAGCUCUAUUUUUGAGUUAUGAAAAUUUACCAUCUGAUCUCAAACAGUGUUUUCUUUAUUGCUCGUUGUUUCCUGAGGACUCUGAAAUGCAUCGUGAGGAUCUCAUUCGUUACUGGGUGGCCGAAGGUUUUAUACAACCCGCACAAAAGGAUACGCUUAUGGAAGAUCUAGCAGAGGACUGUUAUAGAGAGUUAAUUGGGAGGAACCUUUUACAGCCAUAUUUUAAUGACACUUCAUGCACAUUGCAUGAUCUGCUACGUUCCCUUGCUCUCUUUUUGACACGUGAUGAGAGCAUUUUUCUUGGCGACGAGCAAUCACCUAACAUAAACCCCUUGACUAAAAUUCGACGCUUGUCAAUGUUUAAUGUGGAGCAGAGAGUGGAAGUCCCUGAUGCAAUAAAACAACAAAAGUGCUUGAGGACUCUAAUGCUCCGAAGUAGUCCCAAGGCAAAGAUGAUAGAGAAUGAACUUUUUGAGAGACUGCGAUUUUUACGAAUCAUAACGAUAAACGAUGCGGAAAUUGAGAGGCUUCCAGACUCUAUAGGAGAUCUUUUACACCUAAGACAUUUAGAUCUUGAUCGGACGAACAUCAGUAAUUUGCCAGAGUCCAUCGGAUGCCUCGUAAACCUGCAGAUAUUGAAGCUUUCGGGUUGUAAGUCCUUGCGUGCUCUCCCCAAGGCCAUCACAAAAUUGUGUAAUCUAAGAUGCCUUCGUCUCGGAGGAGGAAUUCCAUUGAGUCAUGUACCAAAGGGACUGCGUAAAUUAAAACAUCUUAACAAACUUGAAGGAUUUGUGGUCGGCACGCAAGAUGACGAGGGAUGCGAUCUGGAGGAGCUACAAUCUCUAUCCCAACUGAGAUUCCUGUCGAUAAUCAAUUUGGAGAGGGCACAACCAGUGAGAGCUCCGGUACUCGCAAACGCCCACUCUCUGAGGACAUUGAUUUUGACUUCCAACCCACCUGAAGAUGCGGAAGAAGCAAUUGCAACUCAGAGAAUUGAGGAGAUUUACAAUAAGCUCUCUCCCCAAUCCACCGACUUAGAAAGACUUGAGAUCUAUUCCUUUUUUGGUACUGGAUUUUCCAGCUGGAUGAUGUCACCUUCUUUGGAUGUCUCUUUUCCUAACUUGACAUCCAUACAACUCUGUGAUUGUAAAUCAUGUCCGCAGCUUCCUCCAUUGGGCCUGCUACCCCAGCUGAAAUCCCUUUACAUUAACGGAAUAGAUGCAACCAAAACCAUCGGACCUGAAUUUCUUGGCCCCCAUGCAUCAGCAGGAGCAGGGACUACAUUUCCCAAGCUUGAAGAGCUGAAAUUUUACUGGAUGGACAACUGGGAAGAAUGGUCGUUUGGUAUGGUGGAGGGGGUUGGUGAAGAAAGAAGAGGAGCCCCCAAGUUGUUGCCUCGUCUCAAGAAGCUGCAACUUUUUCGGUGUCCCAAGUUGAGAGCUCUUCCAGAAGGACUACGGCAUGCCACCAGUUUACAGGAAUUGGAUAUCGACGAUGCUCGCAACCUAAUAGAAAUCGACAGCCUCCCCUCAUUGAAGUCUCUGAGAAUAGAAGGUUGUCCGAGGUUGGAGCACGUGGAGAAUCUUGAUAAGUUGCAAUAUCUAGACCUAGACGUGGAGACAUCCGCCGCCACCGAUGCUGAUGGAGAGACAGAGCACCUCCCACGGUGGUUACUGGAGCUACUUCAAAAUGCACCAGCUGCCCUACAAAAUUUAAAAAAGUUUACACUAACAUGCAGCUUACCACUCCUUAAGACCUUCCUCAAGGACGGCCCCAACUGGCCCAUCAUUCAGUGGAUUCCCCACAUCAGGAUCAAUGUGCGUCGCGGCAACUCAUAUAUUGAGUAUAGCAAGGACCCUCCCGCCUUCAAAACCCACGUGGUGGCAUGAGAAGAAUCAAUGGAUUGAUAAAGCAAGUGUUCAGAAGCAUCCUCUCUUGUAUCGAGAUACCACUGCUCGUGCUUCCUUCUCGAUCGAGGAUAGCGGAUCACUGGCUGCUCGGCAUUUUUCCAAUGUUUCGCUUGAUGUUUUCCCCCCUCUUUUGAUUUAAACCUUUCUGUUUGGUUUUAUUUUACCUUCUGUAAUUUCUGUUUUCUGGUGUUUUUGAUACAUUUGUAAUUUCUGUUUCCUCUUGUUUUAAUGACAUGAUCAUUUGCUGGAGUGUAACUUUUAGAAUUUAUAUGAAAUAAAUCAUCAUCUCUCUCA